AGCUGACGACACUCCAGCAACACAUACUUACACGGCGUCCAACAUGGCGACAGUUGGACUGGCUGCGCUUCCAGUAACUUUCUGUGUGUUUAUGGUAGAUGUGUGUUUCAGUUACAACAUUGACGUUGUCCACGCACGUGUUCUCCAUGGACCAAGUAGAAGCAUGUUCGGAUACGCCAGUGCCUUCAAGAGGACGCAGUCAGGAUAUAAGCUCAUCGUGGGUGCCCCCAAGGACAGCUCCACCACACGCAACUCUACUGGGGCAACGCACGAGUGUGACGUCACAGAGUCUCUCAGCUGUGUCAAGAGCUUGAAACGAGUUAAUGAAGAUUUAGUGUCGCCUUCAGGAACGUGGUACAUUGACAAUGAGAUGUAUGGUUCCGUCAUCGUGCAGACCAACGACACGACCACUGUUUGUGCGCCCCGAUUCAAUGACUUAAUUCACGAGACUGAUGGGCGUGCCUUUCUGAUAGGCCGCUGCGUCUCUGACAACCUUAAUAUGAGGACAGAAGAAUUCUACCCUUUGAACAGAAAAGAUUAUUUCAAAAGGGUUUCCCUCGGCAACGGCAUUAGCAAGCACAUUCUCUGGAACGGUAUGGGACAGAGCGGGAUGUCCGGUGACGCAAUGGCGGAUGGCAGCGUAUUGAUUGGCGUCCCAGGAUUCAACGAAUGGAAGGGAGGAGUCGUUUUACUGAAGAAGGAGAAUAACCUUGUGAAUCGACUGGAGUUUGAAAUGCCCUUCCGUAUUCCUGAAUACUCAUAUCUCGGGUACUCGGUGGUCACAGGGAUGUUGUGCGGCCAAAGGGACACGUGCUUUGCUGCAGGUGCUCCUCGUGCGGAGAUUGUCCACAUAGUCAUUUUCAUCAACUCCAACAACCUACUUUCACUGGUGCAGUCGCUGACAGGGGAGCAGAUCGGCGCUUACUUCGGCGCCUCCCUGUGCACGGCGGAUGUUAACGGGGACGACUUCGACGACCUGCUGGUGGGGGCUCCGUUCUUCACCGACAACAACGACGGCAGUGAUCAUAACAAGAAGAUUUACAUGGAUGAAGGGCGGGUGUUUGUCUACCUGAACCUCGUCAAUGACAACAGACAGCGCGUCUUGACACUAAGCUCGGUGGUUCUCAAGGGGGGGAAUGAACAUGGAGCCAGAUUUGGGACUUCGAUCAUUAACCUUGGAGACAUCAACGGUGACGGUUAUACGGAUGUGGCAGUGGGAGCCCCGUAUGAGGAUGGAGGUCAUGGGGCGAUAUACAUCUACCAUGGAGGAGAAGGAGGGCUGAACGCGGAAGAGAAGCAGAGAAUAGGAGGCCGCGACAUCAACGACACCGAGACAGUGACGUCUUUUGGCUGGAGCAUCUCCAAGCCUGCUGACGUGGACGGCAAUGGCUACCCCGAUAUCGCUGUCGGGGCGUACCUCUCGGAUUCAGCAGUAAUUCUCAGAACGAGGCCCAUAGUUGACCUUCAUGCCAACGUCACGACUGACCCCCAGCUGAUUAUCAAGGAUAAGUCCAAUUGUCCAGCGGGGACUGACGCCGACAGAUGCUUCCUGCUGAGGAUUUGUUUCCACUACACCGGAGUCAGCCUACCGCCCAGUCUCAGGUUUGCGUACGAGCUUUCCGUGGAUACAUACAAAGGAAACGGACAAAAGCGAGUUCUGCUGAACUCCACACAGGGCUACAUCGACUCCAUAACUGAUGUAAUUACUGCGGACGACCAAACAGGGGCGUGCCGGGAGUUUCAAGCUAUCAGUGUAAAUGAUCGUGCAGAUAAGGAUCCGUUUACUGUGGUCCGGAUGGAGGCCAGUUACCAACUCCCACAACCGGCAGAUCCCAACUCCGACAUCCAGCCGGUCACCAACCAGUCACAACCCGACAAAGUGAUCAAAGACGUGGCCUUUCAACUGGCUUGUGGUGAAGACAACCAGUGUUGGUCGGACCUCGUCCUUGACCUCUUCGCGCGCAUCAACAACGAGGACGGGGUCGUCAUUAGGCCGGAUCUGACCAAGGCUAUAGUUAUUAAUGCGACAAAGGGCCUUGUACUGGACGUGGCCAUCAGGAACGACAUGGAAACCGCCUUCGCAACAGUGGUGUAUGUCACGUGGUCUGGGAGUGUGUCGAUGCAGACGACAGAGUCAUCUCCAGAACAACCUGUCGUCUGCGACGGAGACCCUGAGGAAAUCGGAAUAAUCCAAUAUCGUCUGAAAUGUGACGUUCUUCUCCCGGUGUAUUCCAAGGCCAAGUUUGCUUUUGCAGUGUUCUUCACAGCGGACGGUAUGAGGACUGACAUGUCUACUGUAGAAUUUAACGUUUCAGUUGAAACCGGAAGUAACGAGACGGAUCCAGAUAAUAACAAAGCCAGUCUAACUACUCGAGUCUGGAUCGAUGCUCAAACAGGAAUCAAUGGAAAGUCAGAUCCCGACCAAGUACUGAUACGGAUGGAUAAACUGGACAAAACCAUGGUUACCAUCGGACACAAAUACGUCAUCAAGAACGCAGGCCCCAGUUUCUUGCCGCACACACGUGUCUCCGUCAGCCUUCCAUACUUCACCCCACAGAAGGAGGAGCUAGUGGAGGCGGCGGACGUCAGGCUCAUACAAGAGGACGGAACCAGCGUUGUCUGUCAGUUAUACCACAAGAGUGUAGGUAUCGGUCAAAAUACAACCACAUCUCCGCCCACCACGACGUCGACUUCGACUGAGCCAGGGGAGAUAACUACUGAUUUUUUACCUGUCUUGCCGCCUUCCAAAUUGAGAGAGCGCCAUCUUGCCCAAACAAGGAACAUCGGCAAAAACAUCGUACACAUGGACUGUGCCGACUUCAAGUGUGUUGAGUACAGGUGUCCCCUUCAUCACCUCAGCCCCGGGGAGAGCGCCAUCGUCAACAUCACCGUCUGGAUCCAAGGACGCAAACUGCCUUUUCAUGACCGCGUUGACUUACUGAGGUACUACACUGAAGCCACCGUGAUACAGCCUGGACACCCCCUACUCUACCCCUGGGGACAUGCUGUGCAGACGAAGAUAAUGACGCCCAUCUACCCCGAUAAUCCACCCGGCAAAGUCAACAUCUGGGUCAUCAUUGGCAGCGUCCUUGCCGCUAUCAUCAUCCUCUUCAUCAUUUUCAUCGUUCUCUGGAAGUGCGGAUUUUUCAAGCGGGAGAAGAAAGGCCAAGUCCAGAAAUGGAAGCGAGAGAGCGGUUACUACGGGAGAAACCAGUCACGUGCUCCGCGAAACAGCAAAGCUCCAAGAGAGUCAACCAUAGAAGAAUAGAGUGGUGGUGUGAGUGGGUGU